GGCGGCCCCGAGCUGGGCGGCCUGCGAGAUGCCGGGUGCCGGCCGCUGCCCCGAGUGCGGCUCCGCCGAGCUGGUGGAGGACUCGCACUACUCGCAGAGCCAGCUGGUGUGCGCCGACUGCGGCUGCGUGCUCACCGAGGGCGUCCUCACCACCACCUACAGCGACGAGGGCCACCUGCGAGAAGUGACAUAUUCCCGAAGCACAGGGGAGAGUGAGCAGGUCAGCCGCAGCCAGCAGCGAGGUCUCCGGCGCGUGAGGGACCUGUGCCGAGUCCUGCAGCUACCACCAACGUUCGAGGAAACGGCCGCGGCCUACUACCAGCAGGCAUGCCAGCACUCGGGCCUCCGGGCCGCCAGGCUGCCCAAGAAGGAGGUGCUGGUUGGCUGCUGCGUGCUGGUCACCUGCCGGCAGCACAACUGGCCGCUCACCAUGGGCACCGUGUGCUCUCUGCUCUACGCCGACCCAGACGUGUUCGCCAGCACCUACCUGCAGAUCGUGAAGCUGCUGGGGCUCGACGUGCCGGCCCUGAGCCUGGCCGACUUGGUGAAGACCUACUGCAGCAGCUUUAAGCUCUGUCAGGCCUCUGCCUCCGUGCCAGCUAAAUACGUGGAGGACAAAGAGAAGAUGCAGGCACGGACCCUGCAGCUGGUGGAGCUGGCGAGCGAGACGUGGCUGGUGACCGGUCGCCACCCCUUGCCCAUCGUCACCGCCGCCACUUUCCUGGCCUGGCAGUCGCUGCAACCCACGGCCCGCUUGCCGUGUUCACUGGCCCGGUUCUGCAAGCUGGCCAACGUGGACCUGCCCUCCCCGGCCGCCUCCCGCCUGCAGGAGCUGCUGGGCGUGCUGCUGCGCAUGGCUGGGCAGCUGGCCUGGCUGCAGGUUCUGAAACUGGACAAACGGUCGGUGGUGAAGCACAUUGGGGACCUGCUGCAGCACCGCCACCUGCUGCUCCGGGCAGCCUUCCGGGAAGGGACGGCAGAAAUGGACACAGAGGCCGAGGAGGAGCCACAGGGGCAGGACCAGGGAGAGGAGGAGGAGGCAGGUGGUUCCUACAGUCUGUCCCAGAGGCGGCGGCCAGCCAGCCCCGCCCCGCUGCUCCCCCCCUGCAUGCUGAAGCCCCCGAAGCGGGUCCGUCCAGCACCGCCUGCUUCCACAGUCACUGGAGAUGAGGACAUUUCCGACAGUGAAAUUGAGCAGUAUCUACGCAGCCCUCAGGAGGUGAGGGAGUUCCAGAGAGCCCAGGCUGCCAGUCAAACUGCCCAGAGGGAACCUGGCUCGCCCUGAAGCCCACCCACGGUGGGCCAGGGCACUGGAGGUCGCCUCAGCCCGCAUGGACCGCAAUGUGAUGACAAGCCUGCUGCGGGAUGGAGCUUGGGCGCGCUCUCCUGGUUGGGAGGGACUGGAGUGGCUCUGCCGUUAGCUGGACCCAGGCAGGAGCACACCUGUCCACCCCCACCCUGUGGGGGCAUGUCAGGGUCUCCUGCCCGCACUGGACUUGGCCAAGGGGUACUGGUGUCUUCAGAGGCCCUGCUCUUGGUGGCACAGUGAGCAUUGCCAGCAGCGGGAGGCACUGGGGGAUCCCUGGGCCCUGUUCUUCCCCGGGCACUGGCAGGUUCAUGUGCGCUGAAUCAGAAGAGCCUCCGACUCCCAGCUCAAGGACUGUGGGCACACAGUGGUUUUACAGCACUUUAAUAUAUUAAAACAAGAGGCAUCUGCUAGAAAACCUAUUGUAGAAAACUGGAGCUUUUAGAAACAUGUUUUCUUUGGCACUUUCCAUUCCCUCCCCCCUCCCCAGCGUAUUGCAGAAAGCUCUCCAGUGCUAAGGCAUUGGCAGGCUGUGUAAACAGCAGCCAGCGUACGUGGGAGAAUAAUACGAAGCUUUUGUUUCCUUCUAACGGUCUGUGCAGCAAGCAUAAAUAACAGGACCUCGUCCAGCCAGGGUGCGCCUCGUCCCGCACUGUCUCCCGUUCCAACCUGACUGCCAGGUUGGGUGCACGCGGAGACGGGAAGGGCGCUUGCCCACCCCUCUUCCCAAGGCCCCUGGUUCCCUGUGCUACCAUGUGACCCCAGGGGGAAAAGCUGGGGUAAGACACAGGUGCUGGUGUUACAACAUGGUGAAGGGACCCCAGUAGCUGCCUCAGGGUCCCUGGCCAAGCCAGGAAGCUGGCAGCACCUGAAAUGUCCCCUGAAGGAGCUGGAGACCAGGCUGAGGGCAUGGCCUUCCCAUAUAGCCUCACGGAGGCAAGGACACGCCCAGCCUCUAGGCCACUGCACUGGCUGGGCCAGGCGAGGGUUUGGGUCUCCUAGUGGACCCAGGGGCCUCAGCCAGAGUACCUGGUGUGAGAUUAGGGCUAGAGAAGGGCCCAGUUCAGCCCCGGCUCCCCGGGUCAGGACCCACCUUCCAGGUACAGGGCUUCACCUUGGCCCCACUUGGAGCUCUGCUGUGCAGCGUGGGGGACUUCCCACAGGGAUGGUGCGCCUGGCCUAGCUGUGCGCCCUGCCUGCGGGACUGGUUCAGCCCUGCCCGCCUUUCACACUACCCUGCCCUCCCUUGCAUAGUUAAUCCAAGAAGCAGCACCUUGCCCCUGGCCACUGGGCCCAUCUGCUAGACUGGCUCCCUUAACCAAAACCUGGAGAGGCGCGGGCCCUGCGUUCCAGGCACUGACUGGCCGACUGGCAGAGGAAGGCCCGGUGGUGUGAGAACCCAGGGCCCAGUCAUCUGCCCCUUCCUGAGUAGGGCAGAUGGCCACCGGAGGGGUUGGUUGGGUGUGGUCAGCUGUGGGGACUAGCACAGCCGGGGCCUCACAGCUUGGCUGUCCAAACGGGCCUGAGGUGGACAGAAGUGGCUCUUGCGUGUUUCUGGGAUUGUCUAUCGCUGUGGUGCAGAGGGACAUGUCUUCCAAGGCAGGUGGCUCUUCUUCUAGCCUCCAAGGGCCUCGAGGUGAGCACCCAGGCGCUGCCAUAGACGCCUCCGGCUGGACAAACAAGGUGACAAACCCAGGUGG